AUGGCACAAAAAGAUGUGGUUGAUAUGAACGUGUCAAUUUCUUUGGUUAGAAACAUAUUUAAAGAAAUGUUUGAUGAAGAUAGAAAAGCACGUGAGAGGAGGAUAAAUGAACUGGAAAAGACUUUAUUGCAAAUAAUAAGCUCCAACACAGUUAUUAUGAACCAAAGACUGGACAAGCUAAAUCCAGAACUCGAUGACUUAAAGGAAGAAGUUAAGCUGCUUUCCAAGGAAAAAACAGAAAUUGCAGAUAGUCUUCAAGUUCACCAAAACAUGGUGGAUGACAAACUUGAAAUUUCCAAAACCCACAUAAAAACUGGGGAUGAAAAGCUGAAGGAUUUAAAGGAAAAACUUCGUGAAAUGGAGGAUAGAUCGCGAAGAAAUAAUCUCCGAAUUGAUGGUUUGGCAGAACAUGAGAAAGAAAGUUGGGAAGAUUGCAAACAGAAGGUAAAAAAUCUUUUGAAACAGAAACUGAAUCUGAAAAAUAUAAUAAUCAAAAGAAUACACAGAGUUCGACCAAUGACGGAAAAAGAAGGUCCCAGAACUAUAGUGGCUAAAUUGUUAAACUGGGAAGACAAGGAAGCAAUAUUGAUGAAUGCAAAGAAGCUUAAAAAUACUGGUAUUUAUAUUUAUGAAGAUUUCUCUGCGGCAACAAGGCUUAUCAGAAAGGAGAAAUGGAUUGAAGUUCAGAGACUUAAGGAACUUGGUAAAUAUGCAAUUUUAAAAUAUGACAAAUUAUUUUCUAGGGAUUUCAAACCAAAAACAUAA